AAAGGUUUUUUUUGUUCUCCACACUCCCCGUUUAGGACAAAACUUCUCCUUAAAACAGCUUAGCUUCAUCGUACGAGAAAUCAUACAUACGAUCAAUCAUGGACAACAUUGCAGCUCCACCCAUGUUGACGUCAAACAGUUUCUUCCCUCCCAUGCUGGUAUCCAUUGCCGGGAUAGUUUCCACCUGCGUAGCCAUAUUUCUCUACCAUUUCUUCGUAGUGAAGUACUGCCGCCGCCGGCGACAAAGGGGUGGGCUAAACGGGGAUUCCGGCGAGGUCCAUUUGGGAGUGGGAUUGGAUCCGAAAUUGCUUGAAACUGUCCCGGUGAUGCCGUACUUGUUAGCCCGAAAACGGGACGAUUUUCGGGUGGAUCAAAGGGAGUGCGUGGUUUGCCUUGGGGAGAUGGAGGACGGGGAGACGGUGAGGUUGUUGCCGGAUUGCCGGCAUGCGUUUCACGUGCCGUGCAUAGACCGGUGGUUCGUCGCGCAUUCCAACUGUCCCGUUUGCCGCUCUCCGGUGGUUUUUCGCGACGGAGAUAAUGAAAGCCACGGGAGUAGUGUAAAUUCUCCGCCGGAAGAUGCCGAAAACAAUAGCGACGAUCAUCACGCCGCUUCUUCUUCUUCUCUGUCGUCGUCACAAAUGCACUCUUGUGGGCUGCUUCGUCACUGCGCGUCCCUUGUACUGCCGAUGGAGCGCCGCCCGUCGCAAAAGAGAUUGAAACGGUCGUUAUCUAUGGACCAAUCUUUCGUUAUUGUUGACAUGCAAAUGGAAACGGAAGAUGAUGAUGAUGAUCAGAGACGGCACUGUUCAUCGUCUUCUUCAAAGGAAAGGCUAACGAGGAGUAUAUCCAUACGGCAAUUCGACAUCGUUCCGUCGAAGUUGGUCGUGUCUUUGUCGUCGCGAUUACGCAUUGGAAGACCAACGGAAAUUCUUCCAUGUUGAAAAUUUAUUUUUAGAAAGUUUGCAAUCUUUAUUUAUGAUAUUAGCUUUUAUGUUAACGAAAACAGUGUCAAAUACGUAGUACUAAAAA